AUUUUUUUUUUAAACUGCCUUAUCGUCACAGAGUUGAUAUGCAAAUCAAUUCACUUAUUUAAAGUGGGUGAUGUAGUGUUUUUACUAUAUUUACAGGGUUGUGCAGCCAUUGUCACAAUCUAAGUUUAGAAUCUAUUCUUUCCCCCUCAGAGAAACCCUAUCGCCAUUAGUAGUCACUUCUCUUUUUUUUUCUAGGCCCUUACAGCCACUAAGCCACUUUCUUUUACUCUAGAUUUGCCUUCUCUGGCAAUUUCUUUUUUAAUUUAAAUUUGAUUUUAAUUUUUGGGAUGCAUGUGCAGGAUGUGCAGCUUUGUUACAUAGCUAAAAUUGUGGCAUGGUUUGCUCCACCUGUCAACCCAUCACCUAGGUAUUAAUCUUCACAUAUAUUAGCUCUUUAUUCUGAUGCUCUCCUGUCCACUUCCCUCACAGUGUGUGUUGUUCCCCUCUCUAACAUUUUACAUAUUUUAGUAUCACUUUCUUUCUAAUGGCAAAUGUAAUUGAUAAGUCUGGGGGGAUUUUCUUGCUUGCUUUUGUCUGGAGAACCUUCCUAGCUUCAGGUUCCUGAUAGGUGUGAGGAUCUGGGGCGUGCUGUGAGAAACAGUUGUGUCCAUGAAGAACUCGGCUCUGAGACAGGAGAAUCUCCAUCAUGCCCUAUUGAUGCUACUGUUGAAAUAGGUUUUUGUUUCCUUCUGAAAACCUUCACACACACAGAGCCAAGGUAGCUGCUUUAAGUCAUAAUGAAGGUCACGUGGACCACAUGAUGGUUUGAGAGGUUUUUUUGGAGCAUUCAUUCUGUGGAAAUGAAUUGCUUUUCAGUAAAAUUUGAUUGUCCUAUAUGUGUCAGUAUUUUCCCAGUGGAACAAAAGAAUGAAACUGCUUGAUUGUGCAGUGUCACUUGUUCACCCCAGAAGUGAUUUUCUCAUGACCAGAUUGUCCUAGACAUCUGUAAUUUCUGGACGAAGCUUUCCAUUGGUUCUGCAGGGGUGCUGCUGUGUGUGAGUCAAGGAAAAUAUCAGUUUUACCAACAUUGAGGUUCUCAGAAUUCAUGGACGCCUGCUUCGUGGGCUCCAUGGGAGAGAGCAAGGGAGAGCCUCUUGCUAGACCUGAAGGGGAACAUGAUUUAGAGGAUCAGAGGGAAAGAAAAUGAGAAUAUUCGGGACAUUGUUAAAAGAGAAUGUCAAGAUUGCAAUGUUAGAGGCAUCAGUUCAGCAUCAUCACCAGGGCCCAGGCAGGAUAUGAGACCCCUUCUGGGGAAGAGUGAGUAGGACUUGGCCUUCCUCUCCGUCGAAAGCUUGGUGUGAACAUCACCGUAAAUGCCUUGAGAAAGGAGCUUCCUUCCUGACUCAUGUCUUCUCCAUCUAUUUGUGUGAUGCUGGCAAUGAUACCAGCAGAGUGUCAUUGCGGAGAGGGGCAGAACAGGAAUCAGGUCCCCAUUUUUCUGACAUAGGACAGGACACGAGUCAGUAGGAAUGGACCUCAGGGUUAGACCAGACACAGAGAGGUCCCAGGACUGAUCUUCCUGGGGCUGAGACAGACAAGUUUUUAUUUGUCACCUCUUCCGGAAACCUCCUGAGGAAUGAUUCUUCAGUAGACCCUGUUGGCCAAGGGUCUUCUGGCCCAGAAAUGCUUUUCAACUGGACAGAGUCUUCCAGCUCUUGGCCUGGGCAGCUGCAGCACUCCAAAGUAGCAGGGCAGGUGGGGGAGGGACAUGAGUUCCAUUGCAGGGUGAUCUCAGCAAAGGGCUGGGGACUGAUCCCAGACUCCAGGUCAUCCUUGCAACUUUUCUGUACAAUCCAUAACAUCUCAGUUUCCACUUAUUUUGGAGAUGGUUUAAAGUCUUUCAUCUCAAAGUCUGAGUCUUCCCACAGGUGAAUAGAGGAACCCUGUCUACGGGUAUUUACUAGCAGGGCAGUGACUGUGUCUUUUUCAUUUGUCCUUACUACAGAGCUCAGUCCAGGAACAGAGACAUUAGGCUCCAUGGAUGUUUUAAUGAAAACACCCCUGGGAUGAGCUCUGUCACCCCUGGGCUGGGAUCUAGUGCAAGUGUGGAAAGGUUUUUUUUCUCAGCCUGUCCAGCCUGUUGAACCACACACUGAUCCUGGAGCCUGCCCAGCUUCUGAGUCAGGGUCUCUGGAGAUUAAGGUGAGCUCCUGAGGACAGUGAGACGUCCCCACCCCUCUGCUCUUGCUGCUCUGAUCUAGUCUAGACUGGGUGCGUAGGGCCACGCUCUUCCCCUGGGUGCAAGUGUAUUUCUACUGGAAUCUCUCUGGACCUGGAUGUUGUCCUCACUGUCCUAUCCCCAGCCACACACAGUGACGGGCCCUUGUGCAGAUGCCCAGGAAGUAACCAUAAGUGGUGGUGGGAUCAGAGCAGCAAACGAUUCUGCAAAAAACACCAGGAGAGGGGAGUCAGGUCUUCCUUAUGUCUGGAUCUCUGGAGCUGUCCCGUCUAGUGUGCUUCUCAGUCAUAUACAUGCCUCUUUUUAGUUAAAUAAACAAAUAUAUACAAUGAAAUAUUCAAAACCUCAUCACAACAGCCACCAUGCAAUGGCCCAGCAGCCAUACAUCAGAGAGCAUUUCCAUCCCCCACAGAAUGCUGUCUUGCAUGUCUACUGUGAGCCUGGCCCAGGGUCUGAUUGUUGGACUCAUGUCACUCAAAGCGUGCACAUCAAAGUUGGGAUCUCAGGGUUGUGGGAUUGGAGGUGAGACCUAUCAUGGGCCAGUGGAAGAAAAAAAUUGAAAGGUGAUUCCUUCCACUUCUCUUUCUUACUUGAAGGCUGGAAAGCGUAAGCAAUGCCUUGUUGAAGACCUCUGGCUCCACAGAGCCUGGAGGGAGUCUGAGAACAUGGAGGAAAGCUCAGGGUGAUCUCGUGUAAUCCAGUGUGACCUCACCUGGAGUAGGAGGGUGGGUAGUGCCGGUGUUCCAUCUGAAGUGUGACUCUGCUGAAUCAUCAUCCAUGGCUGGGACAACAGGGGCAUAUCCACAAAUGAGCAUCAUCCACAGCUGGGGCAUCAUCCAUGCCUGGGGUAUCAUCCACGCCUGGGGCAUCAUCCACAGAUGGGCAUCAUCCACGCCUGGAGUAUCAUCCACGCCUGGAGCAUCAUCCACACCUGGAGCAUCAUCCACUGCUGUGGCAUCCACAGCUGGUGCAUCAUUCACUGCUGUGGCAUCAUCCACAGCUGGUGCAUCGUCCAUUGCUGGGGCAUCAUCCACGCCUGGGGCAUCAUCCAUUGCUGUGGCAUCAUCCACCCCUGGGACAUCAUCCACUGCUGGGGCAUCACCCACUGCUGGGGCAUCAUCCAAGCCUGGGGCAUCAUCCACUGCUGGGACAUCAUCCACUGCUGGGGCAUCAUCCCCUGCUGCAGCAUCAUCCACUGCUGGGACAUCACGCCUGGGACAUCAUCCACUGCUGUGGCAUCCACAGAUGGGCAUCUUCCACACCUGUAGCAUCAUCCACUGCUGCAGCAUUAUCCACAGCUGGGGCAUCAUCCACUGCUGGGGCAUCAUCCACUCCUGGGGCGUCAUCCACUGCUGUGGCAUCAUCCAUGCCUGGGGCAUCAUCCAUUGCUGUGGCAUCAUCCACCCCUGGGACAUCAUCCACUGCUGGGGCAUCACCCACUGCUGGGGCAUCAUCCAAGCCUGGGGCAUCAUCCACUGCUGGGACAUCAUCCACUGCUGGGGCAUCAUCCACUGCUGUGGCAUCAUUUACAGAUGGGCAUCAUCCAUGCCUGGAGCAUCCACUGCUGGGGCAUCAUCCACACCUGGGGCAUCAUCCACUGCUGUGGCAUCAUUUACAGAUGGGCAUCAUCCAUGCCUGGAGCAUCCACUGCUGGGGCAUCAUCCACGCCUGGGGCAUCAUCCACUGCUGGGGCAUCAUCCACUGCUGUGGCAUCCACAGAUGGGCAUCAUCCACUCCUGGGGCAUCAUCCACAGAUGGGCAUCAUCCAUGCCUGGAGCAUCAUCCACUGCUGGUACAUCACCCACGCCUGGGGCAUCAUCCACUGCUGUGGCAUCAUCCACAGAUGGGCAUCAUCUACUCCUGGGGCAUCAUCCACUGCUGUGGCAUCCACAGAUGGGGCAUCAUCCAUACCUGGGGCAUCAUCCACUACUGGGGCAUCAUCCACUGCUGUGGCAUCAUCCACAACUGGGGCAUCAUCCACACCUUGGGUAUUGACUGCUGGGGCAUCAUCCAUGUCUAGGGCAUCCAUUGCGGUGGCAUCAUCCACCCCUGGGACAUCAUCCAAUGCUGGGGCAUCACCGACUUCUGGGGCAUCAUCUAUGCCUGGGGCAUCAUCCAUGCCUGGGGCAUCCACUGCUGGGGCAUCAUCCACUGCUGCGGCAUCAUCCACAGAUGGGCAUCAUCCAUGCCUGGAGUAUCAUCCACUGCUGGGGCAUCAUCCACUGCUGCGGCAUCAUUCACACAUGUGCAUAAUCCACUACUGGGGCAUCAUUCACUGCUGUGGCAUCAUUCACUGCUGUGGCAUCCACAGAUGGGCAUCAUCCAUGCCUGGAGCAUCAUCCACUGCUGGGACAUUAUCCAUGCCUGGGGCAUCUUUCACUGCUGUGGCAUCAUCCACAGAUGGGCAUCAUUCACUCCUGGGGCAUCCACUGCUAUGGCAUCAUCCACAGAUGGGCAUCAUCCACACCUGGAGCAUCAUCCACUUUUGUGGCAUCCUCCACACCUGGGGCAUCCACUGCUGGGACAUCAUCCAGAGCUGGGGCAUCAUUUACUGCUGGGGCAUCAUCCACGCCUGGGGCAUCAUCCACUGCUGCGGCAUCCACAGAUGGGCAUCAUCCAUGCCUGGAGCAUCAUCCACUGCUGGACAUCAUCCACACCUGGGGCAUCCACUGCUGGGACAUCAUCCAGAGCUGGGGCAUCAUUUACUGCUGGGGCAUCAUCCACGCCUGGGGCAUCAUCCACUGCUGCGGCAUCCACAGAUGGGCAUCAUCCAUGCCUGGGGCAUCAUCCACUGCUGUGGCAUUCACAGAUGGGCAUCAUCCAUGCUUGGAGCAUCAUCCACGUCUGGAGCAUCCACUGCUGUGGCAUCAUCCACUGGUGGGACAUCAUCCACACCUGGGGCAUCCACUGCUGGGACAUCACACCUGGGGCAUCAUCCACUGCUGUGGCAUCCACAGAUGGGCAUCAUCCACGCUUGGAGCAUCAUUCACGUCUGGGGCAUUAUCCACUGCUGGGACAUCAUCCACACCUGGGGCAUCCACUGCUGGGGCAUCAUCCAUGCCUGGGGCAUCAUCCACACCUCUGGUAGCUCUGCAGGAAGGUUGCCCAUUUCACCCUUGCUUUCUCCAGGUUCCAGAGGCUCCCACUUAAAGGAGCAUCUCUCCCCACUCUGCCUCACUCAACACCAGCUCUCCUGUACCUACUGCUAAAUGCUUUCUUCCACCUUCACCUCAUUGGAUUCACGACUCUGGAAAAUAGUCAAAAAUUAUAAAAAGGUGGGAGUGGGGGUGAUCUGGAAAUCCCUGCUAUAAUAUUUUUAAAGGAAUCUACUGGAAACUAUUUAUGUUUUAAAUAAAGCCAUCCCUUA